GUGUGUGUGUUUUUUUUUUUUUUUAAAGGAUAUAACAAUGACAGAUACACAAUGAAAUGCAACUAACAAUAAACGGAUUUACUUUGAAGGUACAGAUCAGCUGUCACACUGGCGCUACCUGGCUGGUACCGCAGACAGGGAGUGGAAGCUACACGAUCACAGUCACCGUCAGCUGAGAACGGCCUCACAGCGCAAACACGGUGUGUCGUGAAUUAAAAGUGAAAUGAAGCUAGUCUUUCUGUUCUGGGGGGACCCCAGCAGGGUCUGGACCCCGGCUCUCUUUGCAGCAGAUGUAUGAGCAUGAAGGGGGGAGGGGGGUGCGGGUACAACAACACUCUGCUGCCCUCCCUCUCCUCCCAUCCCCUCGCUGUUAUUGGACCGCACUGCACGCUUCUCUGGACCAAUCAAGGACGACAACACGCGCCCCAUCCGGUGUGUGCAGUAACGGAGCAGGCAGAGCCUCGGCAGCCCAGCAGUGUCUGCUCAGUGGCUGCUGCUAUGGUGCGUAGAGCAUCGAGACGUUAGUGGUCAGAUUAAAGUCCCAGUUUAGACUUGGUUGAGUCGCGGAAGUAAACAACUCACGACUUAAGCAUUGGAGAAUAUGAACAAAGUGGACGCACCAUGUCGACCCGCCGCCUCUCUGAAAUUCACUAUUGACAACAUCCUCAAUCUCAAGACAAGCGGGAGGGACAGCUGUCACUCCGCCGGGCUGCAGGAUGACUCGGCCACGGCGAUGCGUAAAGAAGCUUUCCAGAGCCACCACGAGGAGCACGUAGCCCAGCAGAGGCUGGACCCGGGCAGCAGGCUUCACCAAAGUGAUCUGAUCACAGACUGUAGCGGAGCAACGGAGUCGGUCAUCAUCAGCCGCGGAGACCCGAAGAAGGCGACAGAGGUGCGCUUCGAGAGCGGGGACAGCAGCUGCGACGACAGCAGCUCCACCACAACGGCCACAGACCCCCACAAAGGAGGCAGCCCCGCCAAGAAGAGCAAAAUAAUAACGAAAAAGAAGACGCGCACUAUUUUUUCCAAGAGACAGAUUUUCCAGUUGGAGUCUACCUUCGACAUGAAACGCUAUCUGAGCAGCGCAGAGCGCGCCUGCCUCGCCAGUUCACUUCAGCUCACGGAGACCCAGGUGAAAAUAUGGUUUCAGAACCGCAGGAAUAAAUUGAAACGGCAAAUCUCGACUGAAAUCGACGGACCUGUUAGUGAUUUCCCCGAGACUGGAAAGCCCGUGGUGGUGGGGCAGCUCCCGGCCUUGUACAAAGAGAGCAACCUGCUGGGGAGAUGCCUGCUGCCCAUGCCCCUGCCCGUUGUGUACCCGGGCAGCAGCACGCCUUACCUCUGCUUCUCAAACGCCAGCAAGUACUUCAGCCUGUACGACGGGGACGUAUGAUGCUUUCACAAGUCCCCACGUGAAAAAAGACACUUUUUGGUGGUCUGUUGCCAAGUUUCGAGCAUUUAAGGUGUAAAGACGGUGGGCCGGACCUGCGGCCUUACUGUUCUACACGUACAACAACAGAGGAGUAGUUACAUAUCACAUAAAAAAAAAAAAAAAAAAGCUUAAUCGGUAUUAUUUAUUUUUCAGUCAAAGCUGGGUUUUGUAGGCCUGACACUAAACCUGCUAGAUUUACACGUUGUCGCUUUUUAUUAGGGAAUAGCAGACUGAGCUAAUGAUAGCCUGGGGGAGGCCUAAACAGUGUUUAUGACAUUAUUACAUUUAUUAUUAUUAUUAUUAUUAUUAUUAUUAUUAUUAUUAUUAUUAUUAUUAUCAUCAACAACAACAGCAGCAUUUCCAGCAGCUUAAGCCACCAAAGAAAUUACUAUAGCCUAGCUAUCUGCAUGCAUUUCCUGUAUCAAAAUGAAUUUUGAAUUACUGAAAUUAUCUAUGUAUUUAAAUGAAUGUAAUUAACAUUUUAUUAUUUGGUUUCACGCAUGUCUUUUUUUUCUGAGUAUCCUACUAUUCUUACUUUACUUCACCUUUGCCAAUAGG